UUUUUUCUCUGUGGGGCAGGGCUGAGCCAGUGAAACAGACUGAGAGGAAUCAGUGAGUUCACUGCAGCCUGGGAAGUGUUUGUAGUAAGGAACUCUGCUCAUCUUCUGAUAAACAUGGCCAACAAGGGACCUGCCUACGGAUUGAGUCGCGAGGUGCAGCAGAAGAUUGACCAGAAGUAUGACAAUGAGCUGGAGACCAUCUUGGUGCAGUGGAUUAAAGCUCAGUGUGGAACCCAGGCUGGGUCAUUUGAUGGUCAAGGCAAGUCGGCCGUACAGGUCUGGCUAAAGGAUGGCAUUGUGCUUUCCCAUCUCAUUAACUCCUUGGCCCCUAACUCAAUUGCAAAAGUGCAGUCGUCCUCCAUGGCGUUCAAGCAGAUGGAGCAGAUCUCACAGUUCCUGAAGGCCUGCGAGCGAUACGGAAUCCCGGCCUCUGAUCUGUUCCAAACUGUUGACUUGUGGGAAGGCAAGGACAUGGCCAGCGUACAGAGAACACUCAUGAAUUUAGGAGGCAUUGCAGUGACAAAGGAUGAUGGGUAUUUCCGCGGUGACCCCAACUGGUUCCCAAAGAAAUCUCAGGAGAACAAGAGAGACUUCUCCCAGAACAAGUUAAAAGAAGGCCAGAGCAUCAUUGGCCUUCAAAUGGGCACCAACAAGGGAGCAUCACAGUCCGGCAUGACUGGUUACGGCAUGCCAAGACAAAUCCUCUGACCACACAGACAACCGAAGGAACAACCCAAGAACCAAAAUGGAUACAUACUCAUCUCCCAUUACUUGCCCAUUCCUUCUCUCCACCCUUUUCCCUCUGUUUGUCGAUAGGGCACAUUCCGACCAUGUCUGUGGCACCACCGUGCUUUCAGAGAGCAAUCUUUUUUUUUUUUUUUACUGCCAUUAACCUCUGAACCAUAUUAACAUAUAAACAUGAUAGUGUUCGCAGACUAGUUAGCCAGCCAGCAUUAAGUGGAUCUUGACUAAUUGUAUGCUUACAUCUCAAGCUUGGAAUUUGAGAGUGCUUAUAAGCUGUCGUUAUAUCUCCACACCCAUUUCUAGGACCCUAAAAAUUAUUUAACUAUAGAAUGAAGCUGUCCUGGUAGAUAGGGCAGUUGGUUCUCAGCAGUGAUCAGGAAGAUGAUGAUAUCAUGUCUUAAUUUUAUUGCCUUAAUAUGGUGGGCACCAUGAUGCACUUCCUUCCUUCUUCUCUCCUGCCUUAACAUUCCACUUGUAGUGCCUACUUUUCAUUAUUUUUUAUAUGUAUACCUGUUUGACCAAAGUUUAAAGGUUUUGCACCGCACCCAAUAUGGGUUUGGACUUAAUGUUUGACAAGCAUUUUUACAAUGAUUUCAAUAAACAGUUGAAGGCUAGACCCUCAGCAUUGCUCUAUGUUUUCUGCCACCGAGGCAUUCUUAGGCCUAUAGCAGACUGAGUUUCUAUUGGCCACGGAUUUCUUUCCAUUGACACCCAACAUUUUUUCAUGGGUCAGCUCAACCCUACUCAUUAAAUAACUAGCCGGGGAAACAUUCAGUGAUAAGCAGUGGGUGUUUAGUUCGUAGCCCACCUGAAUGUCCUGCGUGCCUAAACAAGGCAACAGAAGGGUCCCUUUGGUGCAAUUCAAGUCAAUAAACCUACAGAGACAAUGCCAUAACUCAGUGAACCUUCAACUAUCCAGUUGUUAUUGGUCUAUAAUUCUCAGAAUACUGGGGAAUGGGGGCUAGAAAUCUACACAUCCCUGCUUUAUAAGCCUUGCACCUCAGUUUAGUUGCUUCAGCAUUGUGCUGGGGUCCAGCUUCUCAACUGCCCUGCUUUCCACCAUAUUCCUAAUGCCUGUGUACACCAGUGGUUCUACCUUCUGCUCCCCUUGGGAUGCAUUGCUGAUAAAUAUUCAAUUAAAGACCAAUCUAUGUUUAUAUAAA